UUACUGUAACCCACCCCCUUAGCUUUUAAAGGGGCUCCCUUCAUAUCUCUUCCUCACAAAAGCCUUAGUUCCUUCACAGCAAAGAUGGACACUGAAGAGAAGAGAUCAUACAUCAGCCUACCUAAGAUGUUCAUGGCUGAUUUGGAAAAGAACUAUCAGCUGGAACAUGGACUGAUCGUUAAGCAGUUGAACGCCUUCAUCAACGAAGGCUACAUGCAGGCCUACUUCAGAGACUGGGGAAACGUCACUGGGUGCAAGAUCCUUAAAAACUACAAGUCGGAAGACAGCAAGGCGAUGGGAUUCGUCAGGUUUGCCACGGGGGAAGAGGCCGACAAGGCAGAGAUGGCCGGGCCUCACUUCAUUGGAGGCGACUUGGCGGUCGUGCGAAGGGUAGUUAGCCCAAAGAGAGAAUCUGGGGAUGACCUGAUCGUGAGCUCCUCGACCGCCAGCAGUGGGUCUCAGCCCAGAGCAAGGCGCUCCAUGGGCCUGGGUUACAUCUUCGAGGACGCCCAGUGGCUGGACCAAGAGCUCACAUGAACCAGAUUGAAAUGUAUUAUGUAAAUGUGAUGUCAAUUGCAAAGAAAAAAAUCUAUAAUACAGGUUUUGUCUUUUCAAAAGUUUUGAGUUUAAAAUGAUUUAACUAUCUUUCUGCAGUCUUUGUACCCAUAUCCUUUGUUAUCUUGUUUACUUUACAUCAGACAUGAGUGUGAUUUUACUGAAUACUAAAGAAAAUUAUUUUGUAAUAUAUAAAUGUCUGGUGUGUCUGAAAUAAAUUAUGUGGUAAAUGG